GAUUUUUUUUUAAAACCUAGGCUGGGUUCCUGCCAUGAUGUCAGAGGGAGACAAACGGACUGCUUGUUAAUUUUGUCCCCCAGUUAGAGCUGGGGAGAAAGAGUUCACCUAGAAUCCAGCUGUUCCCCCCCCUCUGUGGUCAUGACGGCUGCUUCUUCGCACAGUGACUGUUUGGUGCUCUUGUUUGGGGCAACCGCUGGUGAAAAUGGGGCUAAGCUGGGGUCCGAUGAAAGGGAACUAAUUCUCUUGGUGUGGCAAGUUGUGGAUCUUCCCAGCAAGAAGGUAGGGACACUGCACAAAUGCUUGGUGAAGGCUGACAAUUUGGAGCUAAGUGAGCAAUGCCGAGAACUGACAGGGUUAAGCCCAGACAGCCUGAGUAAAGCGGAGCCUCUGGAUCGGGUUCUCCAACAGUUCAGCCAACUGGUUUCCAGUGAACUGAAGGCUCUAGGAAGGAACUCAUACACAUUCUGCACAGAUGGCCAGCUCCUUAUUCGACAGGUCCUCCACCCAGAAUCAUCCAAAAAGAAUCUUCUGCUGUCCGACUGCUUUUAUUCAUUUUAUGAUCUACGGAAAGAAUUUCAUGACUGCUAUCCCAACUCAUCCUCCGUGAAGGAUCAAACUAUACAGUCUAUGGCAGAAUAUAUUGGAUACGGGAUAGAUGAAACAGAGGAGGACUUUGGGGUAUGGCAAGUGAAAGCCAUGGUAGCCAUUGUUUUCAGCAUGCUUCCAGAUACAUGCAAUCACAGGUUUACCACCCCAGAAACAGUGAAGUACAAGUAUGAAACAGGACCCUGUAGUAAAUCAGAAGCCGUGGACAGUGAAACCGUCAUACGUGCUAGAGGACUCCCUUGGCAGUCUUCUGACCAGGACAUAGCUCGCUUUUUUAAAGGCCUUAAUAUUGCCAAAGGUGGUGUGGCCUUGUGUCUGAAUGCUCAGGGGAGGCGAAAUGGAGAGGCGCUGGUGCGGUUUGUCAGCUCUGAACAAAGAGAUUUGGCUCUGGAAAGGCACAAACAUCACAUGGGGAGCCGGUACAUUGAGGUUUACAAAGCCACGGGAGAGGAAUUUCUGAAAAUUGCUGGUGGCACCUCCAACGAAGUUGCCCAGUUCCUCUCCAAGGAGAACCAAGUCAUCAUCAGGAUGCGUGGUCUCCCUUUCACUGCAACGCCUGAGGACGUGCUUGGCUUCUUGGGCCCUGAGUGCCCCGUCACUGGGGGCAAGGAGGGUCUCCUUUUUGUCAAGUAUCCAGAUGGCCGGCCAACAGGAGAUGCGUUUGUGCUGUUUGCCUGUGAAGAGUAUGCGCAGAAUGCACUUAAGAAACACAAGGAGAUUCUGGGGAAACGUUACAUCGAGCUGUUCAGGAGCACGGCAGCUGAAGUCCAGCAGGUUCUCAAUCGAUACAUGUCGACCCCCCUCAUACCUACUCUUCCCACCCCGAUCAUCCCUGUCAUCCCACCUCCUUACACCAUUGCUGCUGGCAGCAUGCGAGACUGUGUCCGCCUCCGAGGCCUGCCUUACACCGCUGGGAUUGAUGACAUUCUGGAGUUCAUGGGCGAUGCAACUGGAGAUAUCAAACCGCAUGGAGUGCACAUGGUCCUAAAUCAGCAAGGCCGGCCAUCUGGGGAUGCCUUCAUCCAAAUGAAAUCUUCUGACCGAGCCUUCCUGGUGGCCCAAAAGUGUCACAAGAAAAUGAUGAAGGACCGUUACGUGGAAGUCUUCCAAUGUUCAGGAGAGGAGAUGAAUUUUGUUUUAAUGGGUGGCACUUUAAACCGUAGUGGCUUGUCUCCGCCCCCAUGUAAGUUACCAUGCCUCUCUCCUCCAGCCUAUGCUGCUUUCCAAACAGCAGCCACCGCAGUGAUCCCAGCAGAAGCUGCAAUCUAUCCAUCCCAAGCCCUCUUGCCUCCCACCAGGACCCAACAAGCUUCCGCCGUAGCUGCAGCUGCCGCCGCAGCUGCCGCCACUCCAGCUGUUACUUACUAUCCUGCUCAGGCAGCUCAACUUUAUAUGAACUACACAGCUUACUACCCCAGCCCUCCCGUGUCUCCAACCACGGUCGGCUACAUCACCGCUCCUCAAGCCGCUGUUGCGGCCGCCGCCUCAGCCUCCCACACUCCGAUGCUCCCUCAGGCGGGCGCACUCGUCCGGAUGCAAGGACUGCCCUACAAUACAGGGAUGAAGGAAAUCCUCAGCUUCUUCCAAGGCUAUCAGCUCCAUGCAGACGCCGUCCUUCCGCUUUUCAACUUCAGCGGCCAGCCUAGCGGAGAAGCGCUGGUCACCUUCCCCAGCCUGGACUCCGCCAAGAAAGCUGUGGCCGAGCGCAAUGGAUGCCUCCUGGGAGGCCACUGUGUGGACCUCUGCCUUAUCUAGACCUCCCGCAGACCCAUGUCUGAGCAAGAACAAAACUCCUCUUCCUUCCUCAAAAGCAGCCACGUCUUCCCGCUCGAACAGCCGCCUCCUCCCAGCCGGCACAGCCGCAACCGUCCCAAAGCAGGUCGUCCAGGGGAGAAGGGGUGGCGCCCCGCUCCCCCAACCACAGAAGGCAAUUCCCAGCAGGAUUAAUUUCACAAAUAUUACCAAGAUAAACCCUCCUCAAAUGAACUGCUGAAGUGCUGUAGGCUUAGUUUUUUUUUUAUCUCUCUCUCUCUCUCUCUCAAAUUUUACAUUAACGAUUUGGAGAGAAAAAUGUUUUAUUUUAAAUACAAACUUGCCAAAUGUCUCUCUCUCGUUCGGAGUGGGAAGGAAUGCCAUCUCAUCAAAGGAGGAGAGUCUUUUUGUUUCGUUUUGUUUCCCUGAAAGGUGGCAAAUCGAAUGAAUAUAUUCCUGUUCCCUUUCCUUACUUAAGAAAAAGCCACAUCCAAAGGCUAUUCCAACAGAAUGAGCUUUUCAGUUUUUGUUUUAAUAUGCAUUUUGUGAGGUAGAACGUACGUCAGCAAAGCCAUAUCCUUCUAAUUUUCAAACUGCCAACCUGUAAACUAAACAAGCGUAGAACUUUAAAAAUCUCGCUAGGACAAUGACAGCACAUAAACACUGAGGACUAGUAAAUUAUGUAUGUUGUUUUAUUUAAACACCAUAGAUACUGUAUUAAUUUUUUUUUUGCUCUAGUUCACAUGCAUGCCAUUUGUUUACAAUAUUCCUUUGUAUAUUACGACGCAGCAAAGAAGUUGAAAUCCAAGUCUAAUUAGUGCAUGUUUUUUUAAAAAAUGUAUGUAUAUACAUGUUCAAAGAACAUAGUUUUAUGUUGUGUAGUGUGUGCUGAAACAUCUGUUGUGCAAGCACUAAAUGAUUUUGGUUUUAGCCGUGCCUUGAUCAGGAUUCUUUCGAAAUGUGCAAUAACAAUGGAGGAAACCAGACUGAGUCGGAAUGGGCUCUUGGGUACCUGUGAAUGCAGGGUUUUUGUGUUUUUUUUGGCUAAAUAAAGAACUCUGAGUAGUACUUAAAAGGGAAUCAGACCUCCCCGUGCCUCGAAAUGGUGUAUGCUUCUUUAUAUGAUAAGAAAUAAAAGACGCUUGCAGGAAA